UCUGUUUUCAGAUCAGGAAGUUUAGCGGUUUGGCUUAGAAGAUAAUCGUUGUUAGGUGAGACACUAGUGUGUCUAGGUUUGGGGCUCAGCUGUUUUGGGUGUUGAGUGCCGAGUGUCUGGAGGUAGCGGGCUAGAGCGUAGCUGCGACAGCGGGCAGGGAAGUAGUAACGUGGAGAAGAACAACAUAACAAUUCCUUUUGAAAUACCGGAGUCUGUCGUAAACUUAUUUGCUAGUGGAAAUCAACUGCAAGACAUUAGACCAUUGGUGUUAAACGGAGUCCACCUAAACUUAGCGACUCGUUGGUGGGCACUGCACAAAUGAACUUUAGUUGAUCGCCGAAUAACUCCUGAAAAGAAACGGAAAUGGCACGGGUCAUAUCUUUGAAUAAACAUUCAAAGGAUUCUUUUGCAGGGAUUUCCAAAACAAUCAUUUAAAAAUCAUCCAGACGGGCACCUUCAAAAGAUGCACCAGGCUAUUAACCCUAAACUUAGCCGGUAACAACAUAUCUACAAUAGAGCAUGACGGGCUAGCAGGACCACACAACCUUAAUAACUUACGACUUCAGCACAACAAUUUGACAGAACUUGGACCAAACAGCACCGCAGGUUUGCGCUGCCGUAAAAUAUGGCUAUUUGAAAGCAGUUUGAAGCGCGUCAUGUCACAUACACUUGCUGGUGUUGAAAGGCCAGAUCUGUCCUACAAUUAUUUGGAAGAUAUUCCGCCAGAGUUGUUUAUUGACUCUUUGGGGGAACAAACUCCCAGGGAAAUGGCUGAAAUUAGUUUUCGAAAUAACUUAAUCAGUCGUGUAUCUGAGCGUGCCUUUAGAGGAGUGGGAACAAUCACCGCGUUAAUACUGCAAAACAACAAACUUGCUUCUGUGCCUGAAGAUCUGUUGGCCAACACGACAAUUCUAGAGAGAUUGAGCCUAGCGUCGAAUCAGUUAACUACAAUGCCCAAUGGAUUGUUAAGGUCACAGAGCAAGAUGAAGUAUCUGUACCUGCAGCGUAACCAAUUGACGGUCCUCAAUGACAAAAUCUUCAAGGGUUUGCAAUCAUUGAUGCAAUUAAUGAUUUUUGAUAAUCCACUUAUUGAAGUAGCUGACCGUCUCUUUUUUGACACCCACCUUACACACUUAUACAUGUUCCAGACGAAUCUUUCAACUUUAGGAAUGCGACCAUUCGCUACUGUGAAUAACACGAUCGAACAGUUGUCCUUAUACGGCAAUUAUUUUGAGUCAAUACCGGAUGAUGCGUGGCAAGACUUGGCUGCUAAUUCUUAUAUAUCUGUUGACAAUGUUCUAAAGUUUGCCCCAUCCACAAAUAGGACGGACCUGAAGAUUGAACUAGUUGGGGACGGAUUUGCCCAGCCAAUCAACCUAUCAAAGACUGAUGGGAAAAUCCUGGACCACUUUGGGUUUCAUUGUCACCCAAUCUACCCCUCACAGAUUUGGCAGUGUUCACCUUGUCCCCAGGGCUUCUAUGGGACGUUGUGGGACAAUUGCGUAGCCUGUCCACCAGGUGGAUUUUUUCAAGACGAAAGCGGGCAAGUUGCCAACGAUGGCCAGAGUAUGAACUGUCGCAAAUGUAACAACGGGACCUUCGUCACUCCAAUCGCCCACCCUGGUAAACAACCUGCAGAUUGCACGGUGUGCCCGACGGGUACCAACAAGAGUCUCCAUGCUGGCUUCCGCGCAUGUCCGUGUGUGGAUAAUUACUUUCGUAGAGAUCGGUUCGGUGAGUGUUACCAGUGCCCAGCGGAGGGACUCAACUGCUCAGGGGAGUAUCAACACCUCCUGCCUGGCUUCUGGUGGACCUGGGAGUGGGACUUGAGUGACAACUUUCGAUUAUAUGAACACUUUGUCCAAAACUUAGGCAUAGAAAAUGACUCUUAUGAUAAAACAACUCAGAUUUUCUCGGGGGUAUUACCCAAAGUGCAUCCCUGUCCUAGGCGCGAGUCCUGUUUCGUUUUAGGAGAUGGAAUUAACGCCACUUGUCAGAGUGGUUAUGAGGGUUGGCUUUGCACCCAAUGCAGCACUGGGUAUUACUCCUGGCUCGACAACUGUCUGGAAUGCCCCUCUUGGCAGUGGUUCUUGCUGGAAGUCCUAGUCAUACUUGUAGUGAUAGGUGUGCUUAUUGUCAUCAUUGUUUGGGAUCUAAACAGGAAUAGCAGGGGUGAUCGGUCAGCAGUUGAUAAGCUCCUUGCAAGGGCUAAAAUUCUGCUCGGUUUCUACCAAGUUAUGGGUGAGGUAUUCUCCGCGCUGGAUGAAAUUAAGUGGCCAGGUGUCUUGAGAGAAGUUGGUUCACUUUUGCGACUGGUAGAAGCUGACGUCGUGAAGAUAAUCAUCAGUCCACGAUGUUACUUUCCCGACUUCACCUAUCCUAAUAUUUAUAUCGAGUUCAUAUUUGGGCUGAGUUUUGUGGUGUUUGUUUUGUGUGCAGCGUUGUGUUGUUAUGGUUUCACCACAAUUUACUUGUUGAUCAAAGAGCCAUCGUCUUUCGAAAUCACACGUACUCUAACAAAAACAAGGCAGAGGUGUAACCUGUUUGUUGUCAUGCUGCUCUUCGUGUCCUAUCCUAGUCUGUCAAGUGUGAUAUUCACGCUUCUUCCUCCUAGUUGUGACCUAUUCUACUUGGAUGAGAACGACGUAUUUAAUGUCACGAGGCUUAGAUCUGACUACUCCAUUGUUUGUGAAACACAACAGCAUGUUGAUUUUACCCACGCUGCCGAGGCAGCCCUGGCCUAUGUUAUUGGAUUCCCGUUGUUGUUGUUUAUCCUACUGUGGUGGAUCGAAAAGCCUGGAGAAAUUUUGUUUGUAAAGAAGUUUUUUAAUGUGUGUGAUUGUGCGGAUUACAGUAGGCGCUCUAGCAGGACCGUUGAAUCAGGAGAGCGAAGCCUGCUUGAUUUUCCAGGGCAGGUUCCGAACUAUCGAAGCAUUAAUGCGAUCAAUGGGCAGUCCAUAAAUGAUAGCAGUCCACCCUGUGGGGCACCAGACGACGCACCACUUACUGCUACCGGAGAACAAGGCCGCGGCAUGAUCAGCUGGAAGAGCUUCCUAUGCGAAAACUACAAGCCGCAGUUCUGGUACUGGGAAAUCGUCGAGCUCGCCCGCAAGAUCGUCCAGACGCUCUUUGUGUUGCUCUUCGGUUAUGAGGAUCCCUUCACACUGUUUGCAACCAUCGUCAUAUCCGUGGCUUUCUUGCUUAUCCAUUCCUCAGUCAGGCCGAUGAAGGAUGAUGUUGAGCACCGUCUACAGUUGUUUUCGCUGGGCUCCAUCUUUUUAAACCUCUUGGUGGCGUCUUUGCUUCUGCUUCCAACUAACGAAGAUCAUUCCAGUAGUGAAAUUAGAAAGGAAGUUCUUGCCGUCACGCUCGUUGCCCUGAAUCUGAGCAUCAUUCUCUUUGUUUUAGUAAGCCUCAUAUGGUCUGGGGCAAAGGCUUUUUGGAGGCACGGAUGCUGUGCUCGAUUGGCGGCAGGUGUCGGUGGGCUGUGGCGUCAGUGCAAUCGACCUCGCGUUUCAAGGAGCAAUAGUGAAGACGGGAAACAUGACGAGCUACGGAACUAUGCAGAUAUACCCUACUCAGACAUUGCAAAAGGUCAUAUUUGAAUUACAAUACAAAAAAGGUCAAAUUCUGACAACCUUGCCUGGAGUUUUCGAAAAGCUUUUCACCUGAAAGUGCUCUUUUAUAGGUUUUCCCGGUUAUUUUAACACUUGUUUCACACGAAUUCCCUUUAUCGAUACUUAAUUUCGUCCGCGAACAUUGCCAAGCUCAAUUCUCAAUUUGAAUUUCAAAAAGUCACCACUAAAUUUCAUUAAGGUUCAGUAUAAUUCAAAUUGUUAGCAUUCCGAUUCGUCCAAAAUCUUUGAAAUUCGUCUCGUGAAGCAAUCGGCGUUGAAUUGAAAAAGCAAAUUCGUUUUUUGUCAUUCGUUUUAAUGUUCUUGUCGUUUACAUGUGCUUUUAGACAGAUUUUAAUCUUAAUAUGUUCUCGCACUAAGGACAAAGACCAACACUUUAUUAAAGUAAAACCCUAUCCAUACCAGAGUAUGUCCAUAGGCCCAGGAAUAAUAGAAAUUCCCCUGUAAUAAUUGAAAUAGUUGUGAUGAAUAUAUGGAGUUUUAUGACUUGGAAAAUCUUUUUGGGGGAUCGUAAUAACGUCUGGGGAUGUGUAUUAUACAAAUAUUGAAUGCUUCGAGUGGUGUAGUAAAACUAGCCUCCCGAGGUGA